ACGAGUUUCAAAGAGUCGGGUGAAGCCAAACCAAAAUUUGCUCAGGCAGAAGAAGCGCUUUCCUUAUCCUCCGCUCAGACCGCCGGUUCUGUCUCCGACUAAAAACGACCAACUCCCGAUUACUACCAUGCAUACCGCCUGCAACCACCACCUCCUCUCUUCUAGUUUCAUUCUUCAAAUACCUAAUAAGUUCACAAAACAUCACUCCGUUACUGUUUUCACAUCACCCACCACCAACGGCAAUAUUCUCAACCCAAUCCUCGGCUGCUCAAAGAAAUCGUCUAUGGAUGGACCCAAGAAAACCACUCGAAAGAAUCCCAGGAGGUCAUCUUAUGGAAGCUCCAGGAAGUCAGUUUUGAGAAAAACUUUCAAACAAGAACAAGUGACGUUCACUGCUCCGAUAUCUGAGGACCCGGUUGUUGCCAUAAUCGGCGGUGGCAUGUCUGGUCUUCUUUGUGCUCUCCAGUUGGAGAAGAGGGGAGUCCGGUCCACUGUUUUCGAUACGGGAAUCCAUGGACUUGGGGGAAGAAUGGGCACUAGAACAGUUGACCCUUCAAUGAUAUUUGAUCAUGCAGCUCAAUUUUUUACUGUAAGUAAUCCUCUGUUUUCUGAGCUGGUUGAUGAUUGGUCCCACAAAGGGUAUGUUCGGGAGUCAUUAGGUGUGAUUGGAGAGCUUGAAGCUGGUGGUGAUUUCCUUCCAUUUCCUUCUUCCCCUCCCAGAUAUAUAGCCAUCAAUGGAAUGCGUACCCUUGCAGAUUCACUACUUUCACAGAGUUCCAUGGUAAAUGUGGUGAGGCCUUGCUGGAUAAGCUCUAUUGAACCAUUCAAUGGAAUGUGGCACUUGAGUGAGAACGGAAAACAUCGUGGAGAAUUUGAUGCCAUUGUUAUUGCACAUAAUGGUAAAUGUGCAAACAGAUUGCUUUCCACAUCAGGAUUACCACUUAUUGCAAGACAAAUGAAGAGACUUGAUCUUAGUUCUGUAUGGGCUCUUCUAGCUGCAUUUGAAGACCCUCUUCCUUUACCACCUAAAGCAGCUGGAAUUCCAUUUGAAGGGGCUUUUGUGAAAGGAAUCGACUCCAUAUCAUGGAUAGGAAACAACACACAAAAACUAUUCAAUUCUCAAAAUGAAGGGCCUCAUUGUUGGACCAUUUUCAGCACAUCAUCCUUUGGAAAGCGCCAUAAAGUUCCACAGGAGAAUAUUCCUAAUGCCACAGCAGAGAAGGUGAAAGGAUUGAUGCUUGCGGGUGUUGAGAAUGCCCUAGGAGUACCAAUUGGAUCACUUAAGAAACCAAUAUAUACGCGUGUACAAUUGUGGGGUGCAGCUCUUCCUACAAAUAGCCCUGGUAUUCCCUGCAUCUUUGAUCCUCUUGGAAGAGCUGGAAUUUGUGGUGAUUGGCUACUUGGAUCAAGUUUAGAGGCUGCAGCCCUAAGUGGAAUUUCCCUAGCAAAUCAUACUGCAGAUUAUCUGAAAAGCGGAGGAUCACGACCAGAUGAGUUUGCUGUUGGUUUACAUGAUGAAUUUCAACCGUUGGAUGGACAUGAUAUUGGUCAAUUCCCAGGAUUAGAAUCCAAUAAUAAGGAUAUACAUGAGGCUCAACUUCAACUUGGAGUUUAACUAUUCACAUGGACAAUAUAUAAUCUUUCCUUGCACUAUUUGGAGUGUAUAAGUAUAAGCAAUGCUUCCUACUGCCAAUAUAUGGGCUAAUACCAGAAACAGUUUUCUGAGGAGCUAAUCGUAGUAUUGCCCAGGGAAUUUGAGGAGAGACUCUAGUUAAGCAUUUUUGGAGUACCGCAUUAAGGUUAGUGGAGAUGUCGGAAGAUAGCAUGUUAAUGGUGAUGAAUAUAUUGUACAUUAUUAGUAAUUGUUGGACUUUAUGUUGCUACUAGAUUUAUGGAUUUGAUGUUUAAACAUUAUUAGUAAUUGUUGGACUUUAUGUUGCUAAUAUACACGUAAGUGAAAUCGUGUA